UCCCAUAGAGUAGAUAAUACAACAAUAGUUGUGCUCUAACCGAUUAUGUAGUUGCAUACGCCAGUGUAAAGAGAAAAUCGUCAAUGAAAAACUAAAACCACGUGAGACGACGUAUGUUCUUAAAAUAGUACUACAGUUUUCGCACGCGAAGUAACCGCGCAUUUUGUUUAAUUGUUCAUAAAAAUGAGAGAAAUCGUACAUUUACAAGCGGGGCAGUGCGGCAAUCAAAUCGGAUCUAAGUUCUGGGAGAUAAUAUCGGAUGAGCAUGGCAUCGACACCACAGGCAACUACGUCGGAGACAGCGAGCUGCAGCUGGAGAGGAUCCAGGUCUACUACAAUGAGGCUGCUGAUGGGAAGCGGUUCGUGCCUCGAGCAGUGCUGGUGGAUUUAGAGCCAGGGACUAUGGACGCCAUUAGAUCUGCGACUUACGGCCAGCUGUUCAGACCUGACAACUAUGUGUUUGGACAGAGCGGAGCUGGUAACAACUGGGCGAAGGGGCACUAUACAGAAGGCGCUGAGCUGGUGGAUUCCGUGAUGGACGUGGUCAGGAAGGAAUCGGAGGCCUGCGACUGUUUACAAGGUUUCCAACUGACGCACUCGCUCGGCGGAGGCACAGGUUCGGGUCUCGGUACUUUACUCCUGAGCAAGCUCCGUGAGGAGUAUCCUGAUAGAAUAGUGAACACAUUCAGCGUUAUGCCAUCGCCCAAGGUUUCAGACACCGUGGUAGAGCCUUAUAACGCGACGUUGUCUGUACACCAACUGGUCGAGAACACGGAUGAGACCUUUUGUAUCGACAAUGAAGCUCUAUACGACAUAUGUUUUAGGACGCUGAGAUUAGCGUCACCGACCUAUGGAGACUUGAACCAUUUGGUGUCGUUAACGAUGUCUGGCGUGACGACGUGCCUCCGAUUCCCUGGACAACUCAAUGCAGACCUCAGGAAGUUAGCUGUCAAUAUGGUGCCGUUUCCUAGGCUGCAUUUCUUCAUGCCUGGUUUCGCUCCAUUAACAGCCAGGAACAGUCAGGGUUACAGAGCAUUGACAGUACCAGAAUUGACGCAGCAGAUGUUCAGUCCGGUGAACAUGAUGGCUGCGUGCGACCCUCGCCACGGCAGGUACCUCACGGUGGCUGCAAUCUUCAGGGGCCGCAUGUCCAUGAAGGAGGUCGACGAGCAGAUGCUCACUGUGCAGGAUAAGAACUCGGGAUACUUUGUGGAAUGGAUCCCCAACAACGUGAAGGUGGCAGUGUGUGACGUGCCGCCACGUGGCCUCAAGAUGGCCGCCACGUUUGUGGGAAAUUCUACUGCCAUACAGGAAAUAUUUAAGCGGAUCUCUGAACAAUUUACUGUUAUGUUCAGGAGGAAGGCUUUCCUGCACUGGUACACCGGCGAGGGUAUGGACGAGAUGGAGUUCACUGAAGCCGAGAGCAACAUGAACGAUCUGGUCUCCGAGUAUCAGCAGUACGAGGAAGUUGGAGUAGAGGAUGGAGAAUUUGAUGAACAAGAGGAAAUGCCACCUGAAGAUUACACAGAGGAAUAGUCAUACUUUUUUUUUUUAAUUUGAACGUGUGAUAGUGCCCUUUUACUUUUUUUACUGCUACUCGAGUCAGCUCACGAUCACGGCUAGUGCAAACUAGUCGAAACGUCUAGAGAGGUAAAUACUUUUAUUUGCCAUAAAAUUAUUCAUAUCAAAAACCCGUUUAACUGUAUUAAUAAAGGUACCCUUUUCAGAAGUGAUUUAAAAAAUAUAUUUUGUUUUUUUUUAAACAUAGGUAUCCAAUUCCACAACAGUUUUAA